AUGUCGCAACCUACGCCCGGCGACCUGGUGCGCCUGCGCAUCCUCACCACGACGGACCUUCCGCCGCAUCCGUCGAUCAAGCCGACGUCGCCGCACAACGUCGACCUGUUCAAUUUCUUACAGACGGUACUGGACGAGGGCGUCGCAUUCGCCGACGAGUACGUUCCGCAGACGUUCAAUAAGGGGCGCGUGAAGGAGUCGCCGCCCGCCGUGGCAAAGGUGCACCAACUGUCGCGCGACAUCAAGGUUGGUUCCGACGGCAAGACGACAACGGAAUCGUGGUUCGCGCGCGAGAGCGUGCAUCAGAACGUCAGCGAGCAGGGCACCGCGACCUUCGCCGAGUUCGACAACGGGCUGCGGGUCGAGCAUUCAAAGCACGAAAUGGAAUACACGCCCUCGGUCUUCGACGCCCACAGGGUGGCCGAUUGGAACGAGCUGAUUGCGGUGAGAGGCGGGAACGUGCCGGGCGGGUACGAGGAGGUCACCAUGAGUGUCUACGAAAUGUGCCACCAGAUGCCGCCGCCGCUUACGAACCGCGUUUUCCCUGUUGUCGUUGUCACCGCCAAGACUAGCCCGGACUCGUUCGUUGUGGUUCAGAUUCCGGUUGAUCUGACGGAUUUCCCUGACGGCGACGUGCUGUAUGCCAAUGGCCGGAACAAGCGCGAUGCAGAUCCGGGCCUCACGAGGAAGAAGAUUACGCGAGGGAUGUAUGUGUCUGUUGAGCGGGUCAAGAUCAUGGAGACUGGGGAUGUCAAGUGGAUGAUGGCGACAGCAAGCGAUGCGAAGGGCUAUUUGCCCAUGAUUGUGCAAAAGCAAGGCGUACCCGGUGCUGUGCUCAAGGAUGUGGGAUUGUUCAUUAAAUGGACGAUGGACAAGAGGAGCUCGGGAGAAGCCGCACAGACGUGA